GUACCCUUUCCUUGCCAGGAGCCGUUUCUUUUCCAAGUUUUUCACAAGUGCAAAAUCAAGUCCCAUUUGCAGGUUUAGGGUUCAUCAGAAUUUUCCCAAAAAGCACUCACUUUGAUUACUCUAAUUGAGCAAUGGAAUACGAAGAACAAGUCCUUGUAGAUCAAAACUUCCCUUUAUUCUCCCGCAAAACUAAACCCACCACCAAAAACCCUGUUGCUGCUCCCGCCGCCGCCGCCGCCGCCGCCGAAAAUCCCAAGCAGCAGCUUCUCAAGGAGACCAACUCUAGUCCCACACCUAAUCACAUCACCUUCUCCGACUUGGGCCUCGCUGAAUGGGCAGUCCAAACAUGUAAGGAACUGAGCAUGAAAAAACCUACGCCUGUACAGUACCACUGCAUCCCUAGAAUCCUCUCCGGCCGAGAUGUAUUAGGUUUAGCUCAGACCGGUAGUGGAAAAACGGCGGCGUUUGCAUUGCCCAUUCUCCACCGCCUUGCUGAAGAUCCUUAUGGGGUGUCCUGUUUGGUGAUCACACCCACGCGGGAGCUUGCUUUCCAGCUGGCUGAGCAGUUUCGGGCCUUGGGUUCCUGCUUGAAUUUGCGGUGCGCUGUGGUGGUGGGAGGUAUGGAUAUGAUAACCCAGACCAAAACUCUGAUGCAAAGACCUCACGUGGUGAUAGCUACUCCCGGUAGGAUUAAGGUUCUCAUUGAACAGAAUCCUGAUAUUCCCCCUGUCUUCUCCAGAACUAAGUUCCUUGUGUUGGAUGAAGCAGAUAGAGUUCUAGACGUAGGGUUUGAAGAGGAAUUAAGGGCAAUAUUUCACUGCUUGCCAAAGAAUCGACAAACUCUUCUAUUCUCUGCAACAAUGACUAGCAACCUACAGACACUACUUGAGCUUUCUGCAAACAAGGCGUAUUUCUAUGAGGCAUAUGAGGGAUUCAAGACGGUAGAGUCGCUUAAGCAGCAGUACAUUUUUAUUCCCAAGAAUGUGAAGGAUGUCUAUCUGCAAUACAUUUUAUCCAAACUCGAAGAUUUGGGUGUUCGCUCUGCCAUCAUUUUUGUUUCCACCUGCAGGAGCUGUCAGCUUUUGGGUUUGUUGUUGGAAGAACUCGAAAUGGAGGCUGCGGCAUUGCAUUCAUACAAGUCCCAGUCACUGAGGCUUUCUGCACUUCAUAAAUUCAAAUCUGGGCAGGUCCCAAUAUUGGUUGCUACUGAUGUUGCCAGUCGCGGUUUAGACAUUCCGACGGUUGAUCUGGUGAUAAAUUAUGACAUCCCAAGGUAUCCACAGGAUUAUGUUCAUCGUGUUGGACGUACGGCAAGAGCUGGAAGAGGUGGACUUGCUGUCAGCUUUAUCACUCAGAAUGAUGUGGAUCUCAUUCAUGAAAUAGAAGCCGUGCUCGGGAAACAAUUGGAGAAAUUUGAAUGUAAAGAGAAUGAGGUGCUUGCUGAUAUCACAAAGGUUUACAAGGCUAGGCGUGUCGCAUCAAUGAAGAUGAUGGAUGAUGGCUUUGAGGAGAAAGCAGAAAGUCGUAAAGCUCAGAAAGUGAAAAUGCAAAAUGAGAGAAAGGGAAGGAAUAAAAAGCAGAAAAGAGAAAGAGUAGCAAAAGACGUAUAAGAUCUUCGAUCUUAUGAUUUUACGAGUAGCAGACGUUUCUAUGGGAGCUGCAUUUUGCACAAGCGGCUACAGAGGAACAUGUUAGUUAUCAGAUGUGGAGUUUUUGAGUUAUUUCUCCACUCAUCAGCCAAAAAGGAGAAUUUUUACGUUCUUCUUAAAGUCUUGCACCAUCACACUUAGAGAGAUCAAGAGGUUCCUUAAUAUCCAACUUAUCGUUAUUGCUCAAUUGGUCAUUCUUGACAGCAAUGGAAAGAAACAACGUCGAAAUGAGGUCUGCAACCUUUCUUUUGGCAAUGAAUCAGCUUGACCGCUUGGACUGAUAGUUUCUAUAUGUAAUUUGUUUUGAAAUAUUGUUUACAUAGUGAAAUUUUUGGGCGAGACAACAUUGGAUGAAUCGGCUUGUAACAAUGUGUCUCAGCUCCUGGAAUGUUCAUAGUUGAUAUUUCUGUAUAUUAGCUAUUUAAGGCACCGUUUGUCCAUAA